UGUUUGUGUUCUGUCCGCUGUCACUGCGGGCGCUUGUCAAACAAACCCCUGUCUAGGGCCUGUGAAAGUUUUUGUUGCUAGUGCGGGACGCAGUCCCAACCAGAGGACGAAAAUGAUGUGAAAAGCGGCGGAGAACCAUGGGGACAGCGGCUGUCCUGAACGAGCGCAGCACCGUCUGCCGGACAUGUUUGCGUGUCCUGGACAAGUCCGGGUUCACCUACAUGGACGACGCGAGUGCCUAUGUGGAGAAUGUGGGCAAUAUCAGGGAGAUGGUGCAGUUCUGCGUGCCCGAGCUGGACCUCUACGUGUCCAGCAGCCCCGUGAUCUGCUACCAGUGCCUGCCCAUUCUAGUCCAAGUGUACAAUUUCAAGAUCCGCUGCCUGAACGGGGAGAACGUGAUCAAGUCCUACAUAAACAGGAACAAUCUGCAGGAGUACAACCACGUGAACCUCAACUGCGUGCUGAUGGACGACCUGAAGAUGAAGAGCGAAAAGAUCCAGAUCGAGAGCCGAAUCAAGCACAUGAUGCUGGAUGGGGCUGAGGAGCUGGACGCGUCCUCCAAUGAGGAGACCGAGCUCGAGGAGGAGGACCAGCUCCAGCCGGCUGAGAGCUUGAAGGUCGAAGCCGACGAGCUGGACACGGACGAGGAACCGCUCGAAACCGUGGAGGACAAGGAGGAGCGGCCAGUGAAGGUGGUGGCGGUGAGGAAGGACCUGUUUGAAGCGCCCCAGUCGGAGCUGGUGAGCGACGUGGAGGUGGUGAAGCAGGAGCGGAGCGACACGCCCACGGAGCCGCCCGCGGCCAAUCAGGCGAUAGCCACGCCCAAAAUCGUGUCAGUGGCGUCGGUUGCCGACCAACCGGAGCCCACCUACAGCUGCAACAAGUGCAGCUACGUGACCAGUGACGUGAUCGAGAUGUACGACCACAAUCGCAGCUGCCAUGAGUUCGACUACACCUGCCAGUUCUGUCCGUUCAGUACGUCCAAAGUGGAGCUGUUGGGCAAACACAUGUCGAUGGUGCAUCCGGAAAACAUGCAGCUGAAGCGCAACGCGCAGUUCAAAGUGACCGAAAACUACGCAUGCUCGCUGUGCCCGUUCAGUGUCAAAUCGCUGGACUUGUUGCGAUCGCAUCACCUGUCCGCGCACGGCAACACCGAAGGCAUGAAAGGUCCCAUUGUGCUGAACCACGCCUUCGGUGAGGAGUUUGCGCGCAAAGAGCCGCGCAUCCUCAAGCGGCUCGAGUACACGUGCGACAUGUGCGCCUACACGACCAAGGACAAGUCGAACCUGCGCAAGCAUUUGUUCACGCAUGGCACCAAGCCGCUCAAGUGUCAGUACUGUUCCUAUAAGUGCGUGUCGCCCUAUCAGCUGCGCAGACACCAGAAGCAGAAGCACGCCAAACAUAUGGAUGCGCGGCCGAGGAACCAGCCGUACGCGUUGCCGGAUUUCGUCAAAGACAAGGACGAGACGAUGGACAAGUUCAAGAUCACACUGGAAACGAUCAAGCGGGAAAUUGAGAAGGAGCUGAAGACCUAAAGCGGGCCGGAGUCCUUCUCCCUCGCCCAAUCUAGUCGAGACUCUGCGUGUAUGAGAGAGUUGAACCAAUGAGGAGGAGGAGGAGUAACCAACCAAAGAGGGCGCGCCUGCGCAAAGCCGCAGCCGUUCAAUUGUACAUAGGGGCUAACUGGCCCUGUUAAGGUGGUGAUCAGUUUAGGCUUUUAAUGAUCCUCAUUUGAUUUUUGCGUCGUGAUUAGUGAGUGCCAUUUUAAUUUUCUUUAAUUUAUUUCUGUGAUAUUUUACUACUACAAUAGUCACGCCAGUACAAUAGACUUUUUGUGUAAUUAUU